AUGCUUUCAUCCACCAUCGAAACCUCAAUCCUUGACACAUCAACUUCGUUACCACCAUUAUCUUCACCUAUCCCAUCUUCACUUCCUGUUUCCACCAUCUCACCAACAUAUUCCACAAUAAUGCAAGAACCAGUUACUACUCUCUUAUCUUCGCAAUCUACAAAAGUUGAGAGGAUAGUUCAGGACAAUGAACCAAAUGACGAUGACAUCAUGAAGCAACAAGUUAAAAGGUUGGAAGUUCAUGCCAAAAGUUUUGAGUAUGAGAUUCUUAAGCUUCGUGAAAUUGCUAAGGAGCAUCAUGAACUUUUCAUUGAGCACAUGAAAACUAUGAAAGAGUCUGUUUAUCUCAAGAUGGCUGAACUUAAAUUAGAGAUUGCCAAAGAGGUUGAGAAUAUAGAGAAAAGUUAUUUUGUUCUGCACAGAAAAGUUGAUGUUGUUGCUGAUGCUAUUGAAAAGUUGAUUGAAUACAAUACCGCUUAUUCAACUAAGCUUGAUGUGAAGACGGAAAAGGAUUCCUAA